UCCUUUAUUUUUCCUCACAACACGCUUCACCGGUGGCCUCACUCCCGCUACAACCAUUAGGACCAAUCCAAUCAUUGUUUGAAGAAAAAAAAGCCGCCUUCGAAUACUUCACCUAAGCAACUUCAGUCUUCCGCGUGCCACCAUGGCCGAUCAGCAGAUGGCCCAGGCUUCAAAUACUGCUCAAGCCGUGCAAGCCACAAGCGAUGCCGGACCUUCUACAGGACCAAUUACAAAGGAAUUCCACAAACUUGAUCUAUCUGCGCUUAAAGUAAAGACCCUCAAACUUGACGAAAGGGAUCCCGAUAAUCCUCCUACUUACGACGAGCUCUUUGACGAGAACAUGCGCCUUCGUGAUUUCCACGACACGACCGUCCCCAAUAUCCUUUCUGUCGCCUCAAUGAUCAACGAUUGUGUCGACAUGAUAAAAAUUAUUGAAGAAAGAAACCUUCGAAAUGAGAAAUUUAUCAAUGACAGCACAAGAUUGAUGACUCAAGUUCAGGAAUCGAUGGCUGCAAGAGAGGCGUCAAUAAGGGAAACUGAGAAACAGGAGUAUGAUAACAAGAUGAAAAAGCUGCAGGCCAAGCAUGCAGCAGAGAAGAGGCAAUCGCGGUUGGAGAUUCAAUCGUUGAGACAAAAGGUUGUGAGGCUGGAAGGACGGCUAAUGGACAAUUCGUCGACGCGGAUGUGACGUGGUUAGAUUUUGCAUUGUCUGUAUCAUUUCAUUUGUAAUGAUGAGUCUACGGUAGAA